AUGUAUUAUGUUGCCAAGUCCAUCUUCCGCUAUGCACUCUAUUACCUUGCGCAACCAAUACCCUUUUUCUGCGUUGCUCUGACCCUUUUGCUGAUUUCUAGUAUUCUGAAAUCUAAGUUUCCUACUCGUCCCCCUGCGACUACCAAGCAAGAUCAGUGGAAGACCGAAAAGCGGAUUUUCCACAAAUCCGACGGUGUUGCAUUUGUCGGCGUCCCCGAGACGUCUGAGCGUUUCUUGGCGGUACUGGACUGGCUGAAGUUCAUCUACACUGUUCUCAAAGUCAUUGUAAACAUUGUAUCUUUGGGUGGCAUGUUGUAUCUGUCUUUCGGCGGCAUUUAA